AUGCCUAACGCGGUCCAAUGGCAUCAUCCAAGGGUCCAAGACGGCCCCGACGAUGCCGCUAGACGGCUUGGACGAGACUGCGUUCAGCUUAACGAAUCCCUGGGGCAUCCGCGACCGUCAUCCAUUUCGCGCGUUUACUGA